AUGGCGGAACUGACAGAGGCAUCAUCCUCCUCCUCUGCCUUUUCAUCUGGAUCUUCCAAGUUCAGUGUAUUUCUCAGCUUUAGGGGUGAAGACACUCGCAAAAACUUCACCAGUUUCCUCCAUAAAGCUCUCAAAAACAGUGGAAUCAAUAGCUUUAUCGAUAGUGAACAAUUGUGGAUUGGAGAAGCCAUAGGCCCAGCUCUCCUUAGAGCGAUCGAGAGGUCCAAAAUCUCGAUCCCUGUCUUCUCUAAAGGCUACGCCUCUAGUAAAUGGUGCCUGCUGGAACUUUCUCAUAUACUUGAUUGCCACAAAUCCAAAGCUCAAAUGGUCCUUCCCAUAUUCUUAGACGACGUCGGGCCAUCACAUGUUCGGAAUCAAACUGGAAGUUUUGAGGAGCCGUUUCAGGAACAUGAGAAGAAUUUUGAGCCCCAUAUCGUAGAGAGUUGGAGGGAAGCUUUGAGAGUAGUAGGAAAUCUAAAGGGAUGGGUUCUCAAGGAAGACACAAAUGGGGAUCAAGCAGAGCUAGUUGAAUUAGUUGUUAGAAGGGUUUUGGAAGAAUUGAUUACUAGCACCCACUUGGCUGUAUGUAAAUACCUUAUUGGAAUAGAUUCCCAUGUGAAUCAUCUAUUAUCUUUAUUAAAUAUUGGUUCCAAUAAUGUUCUGUUCGUGGGAAUCUGUGGUUACGGCGGCAUUGGAAAGACAACUAUUGCAAAAGCAGUCUACAAUUGCAUCCUUUCAACCUUCAAUAGGCAUAGUUUUCUUUCAGAUGUUAGAGAACAAGCAACACAAUGGAUGGGUCUAGAGACUUUGCAAAAGCAGCUUCUUAAGGAUAUCAUCAAAAGAGACAUUGACGUAGGUGAUCUUCAUAGAGGAAAAAUAUUGAUAGAACACAGUCUUUGUGAAGAAAAAGUUCUUGUUGUUCUUGAUGAUGUGGACAGUCAAGAACAGGUAGAUGCUUUGGCUGGUGCAUUCAAUUGGUUUGGCCAAGGAAGUAGGGUCAUUCUAACAACCAGAGACGAACAUAUUUUGAAUGUGAUUAAAAUUGAUAAAGAUAAAAUAUAUAGGCCUCAAGAGCUAAAUCAUAAACAAUCUCUUCAACUAUUUAGUUUGCACGCUUUUUCAAGGGACCUACCUCCUGAAUAUUAUAUAAAAAUUUCACAUGAUGUGGUAUGUUAUUCGGGAGGGUUGCCUUUAACUCUAGAGGUGUUGGGGUCUUACCUAUCGGACAUAAGUGGCAAAGAAGAGUGGGAAAGUACAUUACAAAAAUUGAAAGAAAUUCCUCUUGAAAAAGUCCAAAGAAGGUUGAAGAUAAGUUAUGAUAAUCUAGAAGAUGAUUAUCAAAAGGCUAUAUUUCUUGAUGCUGCAUGUUUUUUCAUUGGAUGGCCGAAAAGAACCGUAAUUUCCAUAUGGGAAGCUUGUGGCUAUCAUCCGAAAUCAGCAAUACAUAGAUUAAUUAAAAGAUCUCUUCUAAAAUUUGAAGAUUAUGGCAAAUGUUAUCUGAAGAUGCAUGAUCAGAUUCGGGACAUGGGAAGGAAUAUUGUCAAAGAAGAAAGCCCAAUGGAGCCGGCUAAGCGUAGUAGGUUAUGGUCUUAUGACGACAUCUUGGAUGUGUUUCAAGAACACAAGGGAACUGACAUGAUAAAAGGCAUGCUCCUUCCCUCUGACUUACCGAGUGUUUACUUAACUAAUGAACACUUUGAGAUGAUGCCCAAUCUAAGAUUUCUUAGAAUUAAAUCAGACAUGUUCAUGGGAGACAUUUCGGACCUUCCUUCUGGACUAAGAUGGUUCAGAUUGAAGAACUGUCCUUGGGAAAUUCUACCAACCAAUUUUUAUCAUAAGAGACUAGUUCAUCUCGACCUAUCAUGGAACUUCAUGAUUGAACAAGCUUGGCAUAUUGUGCCUCAAGAUAAAAAUAAGCGGUUCCAAAAGUUGAAAGUUCUCAACCUGAGUUAUUGUAGACAUCUUUCCAAGUCCCCAGAUUUUUCAUGGUUUCCUUUCUUGGAGAGUUUAAAUCUUGGAUACUGCAAGUCCUUGGACAAGUUAGACAACUCCAUCGGACAGUUGAAUAAGCUCAAAAGUCUUAUUCUCAAAUAUUGUUACUCACUCAAGAUGUUACCCGAUGAUGUUGGACUAUUAGAGAAACUUGAGGUAUUAGAUGCUGAGAAUUGCGUUGGACUAGUAACACUACCAACAGCAAUGGGGAGAAUGAAGUCUUUUCAUAGCCUCAAUCUCUUAGGAACCAGAAUUUCCAAUAUUUCAAAAUUACCAGAUGAUUUUUCAAUGCUCUCGAAUAUAGUGGAGUUGAAGAUGUCUAGGGAUUGGCCUCAGGUAAGACUCUCUCCUACAGUCCGGAAUCUUUUGUUGGAGAAUGGGGAAUCAGACCAGAACACGGAAAAAAAGAAACUUAAAAGAAGCUAG